CCAGGGAUGAGGGUGGGUCCCGCCAACUAAUACAAUAUAACAUCAGCGGUGCCUCAACAAUUGGGAAUGGACGAAUCACGCCUCAAUUCAGCGUAAGCUUUCCCAAACCCAAAUAAGAAUCUUCCAGAAACUUCUUUUCUUUCAGGAGCCACCAUGGCCGAGACUCGGAGAUCCACGGGCACCGUUAAGUGGUUCAACGCGCACAAAGGUUUCGGAUUCAUAACUCCCCAAGAUGGAACCGAUGAUCUCUUCGUGCACUUCACUUCCAUCCGAUCCGACGGCUACCGUUCUUUGUCCGACGGUCAGUCCGUUGAGUUUCUCCUCGAUUACGGCGACGACGGCCGCACCAUGGCCGUCGACGUCACCUCAGCCGUUAGAUCUCGUCUUCCCGGAGGAUUUCGCGGCGGCGGUGGCGGUGGGAGGGGCAGAGGAGGAGGACGCUACGGGGGCGGGGAAGGCCGUGGCAGAGGGUUCGGUCGGAGAGGAGGAGGCCCUGAGUGUUAUAACUGUGGAAGAAUAGGUCACUUGGCAAGGGAUUGUUACCAUGGACAGGGUGGUGGUGGUGGUGGUGGUGGUGAUGAUGGUAGGAAUCGGAGACGCGGCGGUGGUGGUGGAGGAGGAGGAGGGUGUUUUAACUGUGGGGAGGAAGGGCAUUUUGCGAGGGAAUGUCCGAAUGUUGGAAAAGGAAAUGAGUGAGAAUGUGUUAUGGUUUCUUCUAUUGAAUUGAGUCUGUUACUGUUAGUUGGGGUUGGUUAAAUGGAUUCUGUUAUUUUUGUUUCUAGCCAUUGGCAUUUCCUUCCUUCCUUCCAAAUAUGUUUUUCCAGGGCUUUGCUAAUUGUUUUAUCUAAUGCGCUUCUUUUCAACAAAGUGUGAUUCAUUAUGCUUGUUCCUCCUCUUGAAUAUGAAGAUUGAAGCGCAACGGACGGCUUAAUUAA